ACUUCCAUACGGAAGGUCAUAGCAUCAUACAUUUAACUUUCCUGGCGUGAUACUUUCAAGCAAAGUCAUGAAGGUCCAUCAGACGCAGGCCCGCAAGUUGGGCUCUCAGGCAUUGUACUUUUCCCAUGGUCCUAUCGUGCGGAAGGUUGUAAGCGCGAAGGCACCCGCAGGCUCCCGGCGAGUACAGGUCAUUCGUGCCCAGGCCGUGUCGGCUCCCGUCGAGGCCAAGGUCGCGAACGGCGUGUCCGCCGCUGCUACUGCAGCCCCUGCAAGCUACGAUUACGCUGGCGACAUCAGCAAGACUGUCCUGGGCAUCAUCCUUGGCGGUGGUGCUGGGACUCGCCUGUAUCCGCUUACAAAGAAGCGUGCUAAACCAGCGGUGCCCCUUGGCGCAAACUACCGUCUCAUCGACAUUCCAGUCAGCAACUGCCUGAACAGUAAUGUCACGAAGAUUUACUGCCUGACCCAGUUCAACUCGGCUUCGCUGAACCGUCAUCUGUCACAAGCCUACAACUCAUCAGUUGGCGGCUACAACACGCGCGGCUUCGUGGAGGUGCUGGCCGCAUCGCAGUCCAGUGCGAAUAAGAGCUGGUUCCAGGGUACUGCUGAUGCCGUGCGGCAAUACAUGUGGCUUUUCGAGGAGGCCGUUCGUGAGGGUGUUGAGGACUUCCUUAUUCUCUCAGGCGACCAUCUGUACCGCAUGGACUACCGCGACUUUGUCCGCAAGCACCGCGAGAGUGGCGCGGCCAUCACCAUUGCCGCACUGCCCUGCGCGGAGAAGGAGGCAUCCGCGUUUGGCCUGAUGAAGAUCGACGAUGCAGGCCGUGUUGUUGAGUUUGCGGAGAAGCCCAAGGGGGAGGCUCUGCAGCGCAUGAAGGUAGACACCUCCAUUCUGGGUGUCGACCCGGCCACUGCCCAGUCCAAGCCCUUCAUCGCGUCAAUGGGCAUCUACGUUAUGUCUGCUAAGGCACUGCGGGAGCUGCUGUUGAACCGCAUGCCGGGGGCCAACGACUUCGGCAAUGAGGUCAUUCCGGGCGCCAAGGAUGCGGGCUACAAGGUGCAGGCGUACGCGUUCAAGGGCUACUGGGAGGAUAUUGGAACCGUAGAGGCCUUCUACAACGCGAACCUGGCGCUUGCAGACCCCUCCAAGGCCCAGUUCAGCUUCUACGACAAGGACGCGCCCAUCUACACGAUGUCACGCUUCCUGCCACCAUCUAAGGUGCUUGAUGCCGAUGUCUCUAUGUCCAUCAUUGGCGACGGCUGCGUGAUCAAGGCCGGAUCCAAAAUUCACAACUCCAUCAUCGGAAUCCGUUCGCUUGUGGGUUCGGACUGCAUCAUCGAUUCGGCCAUGAUGAUGGGUGCUGACUACUACGAAACUCUUGAGGAGUGCGAGUACGUCCCAGGCUGCUUGCCGAUGGGCGUGGGCGACGGCUCGGUUGUUCGGAAGGCGAUUAUUGACAAGAAUGCGCGCAUCGGGCCCAAGUGCCAGAUCAUCAACAAGGAUGGAGUGAAGGAGGCCAACCGGGAGGAGCAGGGCUUCGUUAUCAAGGACGGCAUCGUGGUCGUCAUCAAAGACUCGUGCAUCCCCGCCGGCACAAUCAUCUGAGGCCUCUCAGCCAUCCAUCAGAAUGACGGGCGUUGAGCGGGACGAGAGGGGCAGGUGCGCAUUUGUCCAGGUUGUAGUCUGUUCGCCAGCUCGCGACACCGGAUGCAUGCAGUUUCAGGAGGUUAGUCAUCGCCAGCAUGCACGGGAGGGGGCAGAGUGAAGCACCCGCCGGUGCUGCAAUCCUGGUUGUGACUCGUCUUGUGUUUCCCCGUCUACAAGAAGACCGGACCUGAGGUGCCUCCGGGAAGGUGGUAUGUCUGCGUGUGACGGUUGGAAAAGAUAGCGGGUGACUUAAGAGAUGCAGAACGCACUUGCCCCAAAGUUGGCCGAAAUACCUUGCUUGCAGCAAGGGAGGAGGCAUCAAGCAGGAGAGGAACGGACAUGAGUUGCGCGGUUUAGCUGUUUGUUAGCGGAAACUGGCGUGUGUACUGGAGGCUGGAGGGAGCGACGGCAAUAAGCUUACGCGACCUAUAACAAGCUGAACAGCGGCACGAAGGGUUGCUCAAUUCUUCUGGCCUGUCCUACCGGCUCUGGGAAUGAUAGCAGCGGCUAUAACAGCAUCACAGGCUGGUGAUGUGGUUUUUGGUUCGUCUCGCAGCGUUACAGCUGUUUUUUUGGUGAGACAUGCCGUACCCCUUGGCUGCGUCCUCCCUGAGCCCCUUCCGAACGAUCCAGGUUUUCGCCGCCCUGGCUGUUGGUCACUCUUUGGAUUGUGGCAUGGAGGGUUCGAGAAUUUUUUGUUGGUAGGUUUUGUGCACCAGCAUGAUGGUUGCGGGGUAUGUGGUGACUGCCGGUGUGGGUGCGUCCCAACGCACACGGGCAUAUCCGCCGUCUUUCGUGGCCGCUCCCAUGCAGGCCGCAUGUAUGUACAGACCAAAUUGUUUCCAUUCGUCACCGUCGCAAUAACAAUGUGAUGUUCACACGGUAGUGUAUUUUCAGGCGUUACCGCCUAUCAGCACGCGCUUGAACUGUCGUACGUUGCGUCGUGCCGUGCUGUGCCGUGUACAGUUAUAGCUUAUGCUGAAAGGCCGGUGGCCGGGGCGUUUUUCCCACAGAGAGAAGUGACUGCGAGGGAAAGUGGAGCAUCUGGUUCCCAUGCCGCUCUCUUUGUACUUUUUUUGCGGUGGGUGAGUGUCGAAGACGGAGAAAUUUCCUGCCUGCCCUUGAGGGCGCUAUCCGUGGAAGGGAGAUGUGGUCGCAGAUUUCCUGGGUGAAGUUUUUUCCGACCAGCCUCCAGUAAACGGAGUGCGGACAGUUGAGGGUGUUGUGUUUUUGCUGCAUAUGUAUGGUCUCUGUCGACUGGAGAAGAAACAAUUCCGUCGUUGGAGGUGAUGCUGAAGUUUUGUUGACGUAUACCGAAAGGAGAGGUUUAUGUGUAGAUGUGAGAUUAAUCGUAGCUUUAAACAAUUUAGGGUAUGAUUCUGGUGUUGUUACUAUUGAACAUAC